AUGGCUCGUCCCUCCCGGAUGCGGGUCCCCGGUCUGGUGUCGGGUCCCUGUCCCCGGUUCCCGGUCCCUGGUUCCCGGUUUUGGGGUCCCCCGGGCCCGGCUGCUCCGACCAACACUGAACAUCCCGCCUUUGCCUCCCAGGCCGCCAAGCCCAAGCCCCCCGAGGAGGGCGAAGCUCCCCCGCCCAAGAGAGCCCCCAUCUUCUACGGCAGCCUGGAGGAGAAGGAGCGGGAGCGCCUGGCCAAGGGGGAGCCGGGGCUGCUGGGGAAGGAGGGGAUGAAGGCUGCGCUGGAGGCCGGGAACAUCAACAUCAGCAGCGGUGAGGUCUUUGACCUGGAGGACCACAUGAGCGAGCGGCAGGCCGAGGUGCUGGCGGAGUUUGAGCGCAGGAAGCGAGCGCGGCAGAUCAACGUGUCCACGGACGACUCGGAGGUCAAGGCCUGUCUGCGCGCGCUCGGGGAGCCCAUCACGCUCUUCGGAGAGGGGCCUGCAGAGAGGAGGGAGAGGCUGAGAAAUAUCCUUUCAGUGGUUGGCACAGAUGCAUUGAAAAAGACAAGGAAAGAUGAUGACAGGUCCAGAAAAUCCAAGGACGAGUAUCAGCAAACCUGGUACCACGAAGGACCACGCAGUCUGAAGACAGCAAGGCUGUGGCUGGCCAACUACUCACUCCCCAGGGCAGUGAAGCGGCUGGAGGAAGCUCGUCUGCUCAAAGAGAUCCCAGAGGCAACCAGGACAUCACAGAAACAGGAGCUGCACAAAUCCCUGCGAUCCUUGAAUAACUUCUGCAGCCAGAUCGGAGACGAUCGCCCACUGUCCUACUGCCACUUCAGCCCCAAUUCCAAACUCCUUGCCACAGCCUGUUGGAGUGGCCUGUGCAAGCUCUGGUCUGUGCCUGACUGCAACCUUGUUCACACCUUACGAGGACAUAGCACCAACGUAGGAGCAAUAGUGUUCCAUCCCAAAGCCACUGUCUCCAUAGAGAAGAAGGAUGUCAACCUGGCCUCGUGUGCUGCUGAUGGAUCCGUCAAACUCUGGAGCCUGGAAAGUGAUGAACCAGUGGCAGAUAUUGAAGGACACAGCAUGAGAGUGUCACGUGUGAUGUGGCACCCAUCUGGGAGGUUCCUGGGCACGACCUGCUACGAUCACUCGUGGCGCCUGUGGGACCUGGAAGCUCAGGAAGAGAUUCUGCACCAGGAGGGGCACAGCAAAGGGGUCUAUGACAUUGCCUUUCACACCGACGGGUCUCUGGCCGGGACGGGAGGUCUGGAUGCUUUUGGCCGGGUGUGGGACUUGCGCACGGGGCGCUGCAUCAUGUUCCUGGAGGGCCACCUGAAGGAGAUCUACGGGAUCAACUUCUCCCCAAAUGGGUACCACGUUGCAACUGGCAGUGGUGACAACACGUGCAAGGUGUGGGACCUCCGCCAGAGGAAGUGCAUCUACACCAUCCCUGCCCACCAGAACCUGGUGACCGGCGUGAAAUUCGAGCCCAAUCACGGGAACUUCCUGCUCACGGGCGCCUACGACAACACGGCCAAGAUUUGGACUCACCCUGGCUGGUCCCCCCUGAAAACCCUGGCUGGUCAUGAGGGGAAGGUGAUGGGACUGGACAUCUCCCUUGAUGGCCAGCUGAUAGCAACCUGCUCCUACGACAGAACCUUCAAGCUGUGGACAGCAGAGUAGCUGGGAGGUGCUGCUGCGGAACUGG